UUCGUAAGUCUUGUACAAGGAGAAUGGGUCGAUGUUACUGUUUCAGUGGUUUGUGAAUAAUAAUGGUGUCACAGCGCGCGAAGCUACAGUUCAGUCAAAAAAAAGAAAGAAGCAUGGCGUCUCGUGUGCUUCAGGACGCAGUAUGAAAUCAAACCUUUAUCAAAUCUACACCUUGGAUGGGAAGUCAGUCGGCUUCAGAAUUAUUGGCACACCGGGGGAUAAAGAUAUGAAACAUCCUUUUGUGCUUAAUUAGCGUAAAACGAACAAAACUACAUGUCAUAAUUAUUGGCACCCCUGCACUUAGAACUUUGUUCCACCUCCCAUUACAUAACAUCAUUGAGGCUCCUCCGCCAGUAAUGCAUGAUGAUAUGGGAUAUCUGAGAUCACUACCCAGUCUCUCCAGGGUCCUCUGUCCUCUCUUGUGGACACACCACUUCAGACCACCCCACAGGGUUUCAGUCUAGUUUAGCUCUGGUGACUGGAAUAUCCAGGUCAAAAACUUGAUUCUGUGGUCAGUGAACCAUGUGUGGGUUUGGGUGUGUGUUUGUUGAUAAUUAUCCUGCAGGACACUGAACACACAACCCAUUUGUACCUUUUUGGCAGAAGCGGCUAGAUUAGAAUUCGGAGUCACCUUGUAAUUCAUGGAGUCUGUGGUGCAAUAUAUCCGAACAAGAUUCCCAAGGCAUUUGGAGAAAAAACAGUCCCAGAACAUCACAGAUCCCAUACAUACAAACCAUACAGACAGUGGGGAUUAGGUUCUAUUCUGUAUAUCCAUCCUUCUUUUUACAAACCCACAUUGAGAGUUUCUUGCCAAAAAAAAAAAAGCUCUACUGUUGUUUCAUCUGUCAAUCCAACCCGUUUUCAGUCAAAGUUCCAGUAGUGCCUAGUGGACUUACCUUCUGACAUGCUUUCCAAAUAAUUUUUCGGGGUGGGGUGGUGUAUGCUUGUAGACUUUUGUCAAACUUUUCUCAUUUUGUGUAUUCUGUACAGAGUUGUGUGGUUUGGUUUGUCUCAAUUUAUGCUCUUAUGCCUUUUUAUUAUUAUUUUUUAUAGCUUGUGAUUUUGCCUUUUUUUUUUUUUUUUUAGGAACGUGUCCAUUAGCUAUGUCAUUCUGAUGUACCCGACUCCUUUGUACUCCCAUGCUGGUCAUGGGCCUUUCUUAGAGGUAUAUGAACCAGCAGAAGAUUCUUUCCUUUUGAUUGAUACCUUGGAGAAGGAUGCUGAUUUGUUGCUGCGAAGCAAACCUGUUGUCUGCCUUGAGGUUGGCAGUGGCUCAGGUGUGGUCUCUGCUUUUUUGGCAUCAGUAACCGGAGCUGGAGCAUUAUAUCUCUGCACUGACUUGAACCCGGCAGCAGCUCAAUGCACAGCAGAGACAUCUCGCUGCAAUAACCUGGACCUGCAGCCGGUUAUAACCGACUUGAGUGAGUGUCUGCUGCCAAGAUUGAAUGGAAUGGUGGAUGUUCUUCUUUUCAACCCACCAUAUGUGGUUACCCCAUCUGAGGAGGUGGGCAGUCAUGGCAUUGAGGCUUCCUGGGCAGGAGGAAAGAGAGGCAGGGAGGUGAUGGACAGAUUCUUCCCCAUGGUUUCGCAGUUAUUAUCCAAGCAGGGCCUGUUCUACCUUGUUACGGUGUCCGAUAACAAUCCAGAAGAGAUUCUGUCUCUGCUUGGUGAAUCCGGCUUAAGAGGAGAGGUGUGUCUGUCUCGUCAGGCGGGGAGAGAAAAGUUGUCCAUCCUGCGCUUCAGCAAGAGUAACAUCACAGGACUGUGCCCAUCGUCAUUUUUUCUUCUCUCCUUUACUGGAGGGGCUGGAUUUGGAUCUGAACACUCACUAUCAGCUCGCGCAUCUCACUGCUGACAUCAUGGUGCUACUUAACGUUCUUCGCAGCACCCCCUCUGGAAAUGGAAAUGCGGGGUCCCCCCCCCCCCCCAAUACAGAAUCCACCCCGUGAAUGUGUGUAUUGACGCCUCUACACAGACAGACCCUCCCUCCAGCUUUCAGUCUGAGGAUGAUGUCACCUUCUCUGAUCUGGGCUCUGACCAUCCUUCCCUCUUCUCACCUGUCAGUCCACCGUACUCUCAGUGGUCUCCUUAUUUCACCUUUGCUGACUAUCCCAUGUCCCCAGGACACACCCCAUUUUCCUCCCCCUACCGCUCUCCUCAAGAUUAUGCACCCACCAGUCCUGUGAAUUUUCAAUAAAAUUACAUAUUACAUACUAGGUCUCCCUCAUGUUAAUUUCAUGUCAUUUUUAUCCACAACAAUUCCCCCCUCUGAGGCUAUAAAGCCUCAUACACUACCUUAAUUAAGCGGGUAUCUGUGGAGAAACUGGUUCUGCCGCACCCCAUGGCCGUCCCCCGCUAGCUGUCGGAGGAUUACUCUAACGAAGCCAUAAUUCCUGCGCUCGUCCUCGUAAUCAAAUGGGUCCCUUACAGUAACCACUUCUACGCUACACUGAUCAGGAUAGGAGCUGAGGAGGGUUUGUAGACCUGGUGGGAGACAUGCUAGCGGUGUGCGCCCUGGGGCUUCAUAGUAGAUUGGCAGCUGGAGAAUGGGCCUUAGGGCCCCUACGUCACGUCUACUUUGCGCC